AUGCCUAGACGCAAACCCAUUUCUGCCAAGCAGCGUAAAGCAGAGUUACAGGUCAAGCGCGCAAUCAAGCGUGGUGAUACUGUCCCAGAAAACAUAUCAAGCUCGCGCGCGUCUAACACCUCCAGUCGUCGUGGCGGUCGUGGACCACGAGGCAACAAGGAGUCUAAUAGAAGCAACGUUGAUGCAUCCCGUCGUCUAGAAUCAUCUUACGUCAAAUUCUCUCGUGACUUCCUGGAAGAAGCAAAGCGCAAGGCGUCUAUUCUCACUGCUACUCGACCUAUUCCGAUUGAAAAGUUGCUGCUUCCUCUCCACGCGGAACAGGAUGUUAUUAGCGCUUCCAGAGCAACAGGCCAUACACGCCAGCUCAAUGUCCUCAAACGGCCAAAAUGGAACUAUGACAUGUCAAAGAAGGAGGUAGAGAACAAUGAAGCUGCUCUUUUCAAGCGAUGGCUUGAUGAAACUGAUCAAAUUAUGCAAUCGUGGAAAAUUGAUAAACGGGAUCCAGACGGAUUGAAGGACCAGACUGAAGCCGUGGAGUCUCAAACAACAACCUGCAACACGCAGGAUUCUUCUGAAAGCAUGCCUUAUGCUCCACCUCUAUUCGAACGGAAUCUGGAGGUGUGGCGUCAGCUGUGGCGCGUAACAGAGAUCUGUCAGGUGUUGUUGGUUCUACUGGACUCUCGUUGCCCUCCACUGCAUUAUCCUCCGACGCUAGGUUCAUAUCUGUCGUCCCUGCGACCACCCCGUAAAAUCAUUUUCGUGCUUACAAAGAUCGACAUCACUGGACCUAGGAGAACUUCUCUGUGGAAGGAGUACCUUCGCAGGACUUAUCCGGACAUCCGCGUAGUCACUGUUGAGAACUAUGUUGAAAAGUCUUCAGGCGAGGGACAGGGUAAACGAGUGAAAAGAGAGCCAUACAUUCCCGCAGAGCUGAGAAGCGAACUAGUCGAAGCCCUUAAAGGAACUCAUCAAGAGUUAUGUUCUCCACCUCCUCACAUUGCUUCUGAUGCGAAAAAACUGGCGAACUGGAGGCCUAGGGUUAUUGACAAAAUUAACUGGAACAAGGUCUUGAAUGCUGUAGACAGCGAUGUAAUACUCGCUCGAUCGACUGAGGCUCAGGAUAUAGGAGCUGAAAAUGAUACUCAUGCUGAAACCGAGAAGAUCGAAGAAUUCUUAUCGGUAGGAUUAAUUGGCCAGCCCAAUGUAGGAAAAAGCUCAUUGCUGAAUGCCUUGUUCGGCAGCCAUAAAGUGAAGGCUUCGAAAACACCAGGAAAGACUAAGCACUUCCAGACUCUCUUCUGGUCCAAGCAAAUUAGACUCGUGGACUGUCCAGGUCUGGUCUUCCCCGCAUAUACCGACUUGGAGAUGCAGGUUCUCGCGGGUAUACUGCCUAUAUCACAGAUGCCUGCAAUUCCAUCAUCUGCUCACUAUGCACUUCAAUAUCUCCCACUCGAGAAAAUUCUAGGCUUGCAGCAUCCCGCAGAGAAAGAAGUCAAGGAGGACAAGAGAACCUGGCGAAGCGGGACGCAGCCAGGCUCAAAAUCCGACAAGAGUGUCAGGGCAUGGACUGCUAUGGAUGUACUAACAGCAUAUGCUGAAAAGAAUAAUUGGAUUACUGCGAAGGCCGGUCGUCCAGACGUGAAUCGUGCUGGUAAUGCUAUUCUAAGAGCCCUUGCAGAAGGCAGAAUUAAAUGGGCAUUUUAUCCGCCGAAUACGGAUUUGAACGUGCUCGCAAAUGAAAAUAAAGGAUUGGGUAUUUGGAUUGAAGGAAAUACUGAAGAUUACUUUGCCGAACGAGCUGAUAGUGAAGAUGAGGAUGAUUCAGAGGAGUUCGAAAUACGUUCUAGUAAUGAAGAUACAGAAACAGAAGAGGAAGAGGAAGAAGGGGAGGGUAAAAAGUCAGAAUCACACCUUCGGUCCGCAAUCUCUAGCGGAACCGGGAUGUUCGGUGCUCUAACAUUAGAAGAUGACGGCAAUUCUGCAGAAAGUGAUUGA